AUGCCUAUCAGACGUCUGGCCAGAGUUGCCAACAAAAACACCGCAGAACGGUACAAAGCUGCAGUUACUUCAGACUCGGAGUCUGAACCUGAAUCGAACGACUCUGACUUUGAAGAAACGUCCGCAAAAAGAAAGAAGCCACAACGAAAAGCGGUUUCUAAACGUUCUAAGACUGUCACUGGAUCGGGCCGUAGAAAAGGCUCACGCCCAAGAACGGCAAUCAGCUUUCAGCAAUUAGAAGCCGAACUUGUGGAAAACACGUUAUACCAAUCGUUAGCCCACCCCGAAGUAGAUAUCCAGGACGUAGCCGUGGAAUGGGUCGAUUCGUAUAACGAUGAUAUCGAAGGCGACAAUACAAAUGUGCCUAUCACCACUUUGAUAAAUUUGUUAUUGAGAAGCUGUGGCUCGCUUCACUUGUUUAAUCCUCACGAUCUUGUCAAUUUGGAAAGUGCUGCUGAAACUGUAGCAGAAUUGGUAAUUGCAUUUAGUGAUCAACAAUCGCACAAGUUUCCCUUCAAAGCAUUGCCAACAUUUAAGAAGAAUGUGUUAAAAUUCUUGGAGGAAGUAAUCCAAAUUGCUCACGAAAAGGGUCUUUUGUAUAGAUAUGAAAAUGGUAGUGAAAAUCAAGACGAAAAUGACGAGCAAGAAGAGUCGCUAUCUUCACCGUUCAUGACCCAGAUUCUCACGUGGAUGUCCUCUCUCAGCUCGUGUACUAUUCGUCCAUUGAGAUAUACAUCAACAGUAGCUUUACUAACUAUCCAAAACCAGCUCUGCCAUAUCAUAAAUAACGUGAUUUCGUCUAUGGAUAGGUCAAAAAAGCAAUUGUCAGCAACCAAAAAAGCAAACAAAAAGAGGAUUGAGACCUUGACCAAAACCGUGAAAAGUUAUCACACCCAGAAGAACACCAUCAUUGAAUACUUCAAUGAAAUAGGAAAUGUCACAUUGGGUCACAGGUAUCGUGAUAUCGACCCUUUGAUCAGACAAGAAUGUCUUAGAUUUCUCAGUCAAGCUAUGAUAAUUCAUCCAGACCAUUUCUUUGAAGCCUCCUUCUUGAGAUACUUUGGCUGGUUAUUGUCAGACCCAAGCAAUGGUGUCAGACAUGAAGUCACAAGAGUGUUGUCGAAGCUUUAUAAAAACGUCACUCUGAGAAGUCAAUCCAAUGUGGGCAUGAACAGAGGUUUAUCGCAAUUUACGGCAAGAUACAAAAAACAACUCAUCAAAAUGAGCACUUUAGACAGCGACUUGAACGUAAGAUACAACUGUAUAGGCAUUUGCUGUGAAUUGCUAACAAUCGGAUAUCUUGACCAACAAGACAUCCAUGAAGUCAUAGCGAUUUUCUUUGAAAUAAUUCUUGAGUCAAAGAAUAUCUCUAAACUAAACAACCUCAGAUUACGCUCAGAGUUGGCCAGGUUUGUCAGCAUAGUGAACGAGCAACAGGUUAAGGAGCAACAUGAGCAGUACUCCAUGUUUUUCGAGAAUUACGAAUCGGGUCAGUUUGGAGAAGGCGAGGAUCAAUUGAAAAUUAGAGAUUGUAUGAAGAUCAAGAAUUUAGUCCUGAUCUUAAAAGAUGCUACUACAUACUACUUUGAAAGUGUCAAUGAGCAUGAUUCGAGAAGUAGGAUUGAAAGUGAUAUCAAGAACAAGAAUGUUAUCAGUGUAAUCUACAGCACAUUGUAUCAAUUGCCUUACUAUACUAAUACGUGGGAAACUUUAAUUCGCUACUUACUCUUGGAUCCGUCAUCCAUUAAGUUCAUUUCUACAUCAGGAGGAGCUGUUGAAGAAGACAAUCAAGAAGUUAAGGAUUUCAUAGAAGGAAUCGACAUAUCCAAAGACGAUAGAUCAAACAAAUUGCACUUGCUAAAUUUUAUCGAUGGUGCAUUCAACAGUUUAGUGGCCACCAAGAGUAAGCAGGACGAAUUGUCUUCAGUGAUACUUGUAAAGUUAGUAAAGUACUUGCCUGAACUUCAGUCGUUGCUGAUUAAAUAUCCUGACUCUCUAAAAGUAUUUUUACAGUUAUGGAACUUAUUGAUUGGUUUGCCUUUAGAUACCUUGAAUAUUUAUUCGAUUUUCAACGGCUUGAACCAAAUUCAAUCCUACAAUGAAGUCAACUGCAAUUUGAUCAAAUUCUUCAAAGAGUACGAAUUUAAUGAAGUUGACGAUGACGCAUUGAUCACUCAAUAUGAUAUGUUCUUUGGCAAACUUCUAGAAUUCUACAGCACCGAGAAACACUCUGGAGGAAUUGAUGUCUUAACAACAGAUAUUAGACUUCAAGUCCAGGAUUUUGUCUAUGAGCUAGUUUCGGAAGUCAAAAAUGUCAUCACGAGCGCUAAUAAUUCUUUCAUUGAUGAAGAUGAAGAUGAACUCAGAGACCAAAGAAAUAUCAUCGAACGUAUAAUCCAAGUUUCACAGCCAAUCCUUAAGUUGAGAAAGAUUGGUGACAGCAUCAACUUGAACGAAUUCUUGGAUGCUAAUAUGGUGGAUAUGAUAGUGUUCAGAUUGCUUAGUAAGUUCAAGUUGCUGGUUUUGAUUGAGAAAUGGCGUAGCAAUCUUAUGUCUAAUAUUAAACCUUUAGUUUCAGGAAUCAAGGACAUUCUUGAUCUUAUCCUUAUCUUGAUUUCCUGGAAACUCGAGAAGUUGAUUGGAUUGGAGAGCAGUGCCUCAGAGCAGGCCGCCGUUGACAUUGAAGUUGAGUUCGCCAAUGUGUAUGCAAUUGUUCUGGCCAUCUCAAAUAACAUAACCGAGGUCGACAGGAAUAUCAAGGAAUUGGCCGAUCAGCAAGAUUAUCAAAUGUUUGAGAGUUUAAACAGCUUGAAGACUGUGUUUUCUGUGAAGCUCAUUGACUUACUUGUUUCCAUGAAGAUAUUUUACAUCAAGUUCGACACCACAACAAGCAACUUCAAGAACUUUGAAGACUACUUUGGUAAUGUACAAGAGAUGGGAAAAUUUGUCUCGAAAAUCUUGCCACUGGAGUUGCAAUAUCAGUUAUUGGAUACGUUCUUAUUUAAGGAAGCAAGAGUUGCUCUGGCACUUGAAGUGAACCUUGAUAGAGGUGACGAAGAAGAUGUCAACUACGAUGAUUUCGUCGGAGCAGCUGAUGACGAACUGGAAAGUGCCGACGAACUACUGAGAAGCAUGUUUGAUUCUGAUAAUGAAGAGGGCCAAGGGCAGAUAUCAGAUAGAGCUAUCGUUAAGAAGGCCAAGAAGCUGCUGAAGUUAUGGCAACUCGAAAAAGAAUUAUGUGUGUACACUGUGAAGUUGUUUUCAUUAGUUAAUACAUCUAUGGUCAACAACUUUGUUUCGGAGAGAAUUGAAUUGAAUAGUGAAAAGUUGGGAGGUGUCUUCUUGAAGAUUGUCAAGCAGAACCAGCAACAGCAAUUGCAAGCAGAAAAUUCUGGAGUUGCUAAUCCUUCAGAAGCCGAAAAUGGCGAAGGAGCCGUUCCAACAAAUGAGACUACGGAAGCAAACAACAUCGAAGGCAACAGGCAAGAAAUAGCUAGUGUGUAA